CGAACAUGCUAACCUCGAUCAUUCGAGCCGUUCAUGUUUAAUACUGUACACCAAAUGUUCGAGGUCGCGCCCUCGAUGUUAUACCUGCCUGAAUCUGCCUAACAGUUCACCUUGGCAAAAUGAACGAAACACCCUUGUCAUCGUACCUGAUGAUGAGGGUAGAAGCUGAGAACAAGUGGAUCGUAGUGGCGCGGUGCGAUACAGUACAUACAUUCAAAGCGCCGAAACCGAAACCUUCAUGUUACUCCUUGUGUAACCUUCUCCUCGACUACUUCGCCGACGACAACAACCUCUUUGACGACGGCCACGACGAACGCGAAGGCUGUCCCUUAUCUUGGUCAACGCCGAGCUUCACGAUAAUUUCACAAAGCGUGUGCAGACAGGCACUGACACGCAGCAAUCUCAGAUUGUUCACCGCCUCAUCUCCUGAGUUGUCUAAUACCGUGUACUGUACUGCGGUUGUACACAAACCCAAUGUCUUACUUCCCGCACAACAACGGCCAGCAAGGCCAGUAUAACGAUAAUUACGACCCUUACUCGAACUCGUACAACGUUCGCCCCUCGCCGUCUCCUAAUCCGUACGAACAAGAACAUCAACCUUUCCAACCAAUCCACCCCGAUCCAUUUGGUUUUCCUCCUCUAUCAAAUCCAUAUCAGAAUGUACCACCACCACCCUCAGGAUUCAUUCACCCCGCCUCUCCUCCACCUGGUCCAUUUGUGAACCCAGCCUCACCUCCUCCUGGACCCUUUAUACACCCUGGUUCGCCUCCGCCCGGUCCUGGUGACUACAUGCCCUCGUCCUUUUCAAACAAUCUGCAUGCCGGAUCUCCCGCUCUGCAUGUAGCGACGCCGUUACCUCAACAAGGCGGCGAUACUGGCCAUUCGCCAUAUAGCCAACAUGCUCCCGGAUUCGAACUUCAUGAUGAUGACCAGGACUUUGACACUGGCGAUAUACCACUAUUGCAACGCCAUCCUUCAAAUAACUCACCUCCGAUGCCCAUGCCACCGAUGCCAGGCGAAUACGAUCAGGCGACGGCGGACGACCGCUCUGAGAGCAAUAUUCGGUAUGGUCGGAUUCCACAACGUGUUCCACGUCGAUAUAAGACGAUCAAGAAAGUCGAGUUGUUCCACGGGAACUUCGUGCUCGAUUCUGCGGUGCCAACCAAGUUGCUUAACAUGUGCGCUCAGCGAAACGAACGCGAGUUCACACACAUGCGAUACUCCGCAGCGACCUGCGACCCAAAUGACUUCAAGGAUGAUGGCUUCACACUCCGUCAAGUCCACUACGAUCCUCCGAGACGUACGGAGUUGUUCAUUGUGAUGACGAUGUACAAUGAAGAUGAGGAGCUGUUCUGUCGAACUAUGCAUGGCGUUAUGAAGAACAUUGCGCAUUUAUGCAAGCGAGACAGAAGUAAGACUUGGGGCAAGGAAGGGUGGAAGAAGGUCGUGGUUUGUAUCGUCUCGGAUGGUCGGCAGAAGAUUAAUUCGAGGACAUUGAGUGUUAUUGCUGCGAUGGGUGCUUAUCAAGAGGGUGUUGCCAAGAACAUUGUAAAUGGCAAACCCGUUACAGCACAUAUCUACGAAUACACCGCCCAAAUUUCGGUGUCCCCUUCCAUGAAAAUUGAAGGCGCAGAGCGCGGCAUCGUGCCGGUGCAGAUCAUCUUUUGUCUCAAGGAGAAGAACCAAAAGAAGAUCAACUCGCAUAGAUGGUUCUUCAACGCCUUGGGUCCCAUCCUGCAACCGAACGUCUGCGUCUUACUCGACGUCGGUACAAUGCCCGGCCCUACUUCGAUCUACCACUUGUGGAAAGCGUUCGACAUCAACUCGAAUGUUGGUGGUGCUUGUGGAGAAAUUGUCGCGUUAAAGGGCAAGUAUGGGCUGAAUCUACUCAAUCCGCUUGUGGCCGCGCAGAACUUCGAGUACAAAAUGUCCAACAUUUUGGAUAAGCCACUCGAGUCGGUGUUCGGAUAUAUCACCGUACUACCGGGUGCCUUCAGUGCGUAUCGUUACAUUGCGCUUCAAAACGACGCUACAGGAGAAGGGCCUCUUCAUAAGUACUUUUUGGGCGAGACAUUGCACGGGGCAGGUGCAGACAUCUUCACAGCGAACAUGUACCUUGCCGAAGAUCGAAUUCUCUGCUGGGAAUUAGUCUCCAAGCGGGGCGGUUCAUGGAUCUUGCACUACGUCAAGUCAGCUUAUGCUGUCACUGACGUUCCUGAUCAGGUCCCUGAGUUGAUUUCUCAACGUCGUCGAUGGUUGAAUGGAUCAUUCUUCGCUGCUAUACACAGUACCGUGAAGUUCCAUUACAUCUAUAGAUCGUCACACAGCUUCCUACGCAAGUUCUGGAUCCACGUUGAACUUCUGUACCAAGUCUUCAACCUGCUUUUCUCUUGGUUCGCAUUGGGCAAUUACUACAUAUCCUUCACCAUUCUGAGUGAUUCGAUGGAAGACCCAUCGUUCCAUCUUGGAAAGGGCAUUCAUAUCCUUAACAUUGUUCUUCAGUACUUCUACGUCGGUCUGCUUAUCAUGUGUUUCUUACUUUCCUUGGGAAACCGUCCACAAGGAUCCAAGUGGGGAUACACGCUCGCUUUUAUUGGUUUUGCUCUCAUCACCGUCUACAUGACUGUUGCCGCUUUCUUCCUUGCUUUCAAAGGUGUUCAGAAUAUUAUCAAUGCCGAUGGACCCUUGACGCCAUCCUCAUUGUUCACUAACGCUAUCUUCCGCAAUAUCGUUAUUUCGUUAUUGGCCACUCUCGGUCUCUAUAUUCUUGCGUCUCUUGUCUUCUUCGAACCCUGGCAUAUGAUCACAUCGUUCGUUCAAUACUUGCUCAUGGCGCCGUCAUACAUCUCCGUGUUGAACGUUUAUGCUUUCGCUAAUGUCCACGACGUGUCGUGGGGUACGAAAGGUGACAACAAGGUAUCCACCGAUCUCGGAGUAGUUGCUACCACUGGGGCGAAUAAAAAUGAAGUAGAAGUCGCGGUUCCCACGGCGGAGACGGACAUCAACGCUGCCUAUGAGGAUGCGAUCGCUGUUCUAUCCACCAAACCGCCGAAAUCUGACCCCAAGCCGGAUCCCCAAACAGAACAGGAAGAUUAUUACAGGAAUUUCCGAACCAAUGUAAGUGCUGAGCAUACAUCAUUCAUUUCGAAAGCAUCAGGAUGGGGUUGACUUACUUUCCCCGCGUUCGCAGGUCUUGUUGGCUUGGACACUGUCAAAUGCUUUAUUGGCGGCUCUCAUUGUGUACGUUCAUCUCCGUCUGUGCAGUGGCGUGACACUCAGCGUUAUUUCAUCAUAGUACCGCCACAGGCAAGGCAUCGGACAAGGGUGCGCAGAGCACCGUCAACGGUUACAUGGCUUUCAUUCUAUUCUCGGUUGCUGGCCUGGCUCGUACGUACUCUUGCAGCAUGUCCUCCUCGUUCUUGCUUGACGUCGCAUCCUCCCUUUCACAGUCAUUCGGUUUAUCGGCUCGACAACCUACAUGGUUGUUCGACUCUUUGCCGGUGAGUAGGCGGCGCUCGUCAAGGUCAACCUCAAACUUCAAGUUCAAAGUUUCCCCUUGUUUGUCUCGGAAUUGCUGUGGUAUUUAAUCGACAUUUAUUCUCGUUGUUUGCUGUGUGUAGAUACCCAUUGUUUCAUUAUUUCAUUACGUAUUCUACGCUGUGACACGAAUAUGGACCGACAAAAUACACCAAUGAUACAUCGAAUCCC